AUGCAAAAGAUGCAAUUGUUUUAUAUUUUUGAACUUAAUGAACCUAAAGAAGCGAAUGUUGCUGCCGAAGAACCCAAAAAUUUGAAUGGCCACCUCGUUUUGAUUUCGAAGCAUUAUUCAGAAACUCAAGAAGAAAAGAAAGGACGCCAAAUGCAUCUAUACUUUUCGGAUCAGAUAUUUGGAAAGUCUUCAGCAG